UUUUGUUGUUACCAAAUCUUUACUUGUAUAAAGAUGUUGUACUGAAGGAUAUAAUUUUAUAAAUUCAGAUUUCAAAAAGUGAGAUCUGAUUCGUACAUUUGAAAUUGAUUCAGAAAAACAUGGAACUGAAGAUCCGCCUCGCUUUAGUAUACAUGUUGAAGACCAGCAAUUAAAUAGAAUCAUUGUGAUAUCCAUAUUAUCAAAAAAUCAAUCUGGACUGCGAGUUUUUGAAAGAAAAAAGUUAAAUUUAAACUAUUAUAAUUGUCGUAAAGUGGAUUUAAAAAACAAUUGAUCGAAAAAUUAAAUAUUAAUUUUUUAAAUCUUAAAAAUAUUUGUGAUUGAUCGACGAUUUUUAAAAUGGCGAUUAUCCACAUUAACGUUGGUGGGACAUUGUUUCACACGAAAUUAUCUACUCUUCAAAGAUUUCCUGAAACAUUGUUAGGAUCGAUAACAACAACAUCAGAAUUUUACAAUGGAGAAAAUAAAUACUUUUAUUUUGAUAGAAAUCCAGAACUUUUUAAUACAAUAUUGGACUAUUAUAGAAACGGUGUUAUCCAUCUUCCAACACAUUUGUGCGGAUGGUUAUGGAAGUCUGAAUUGGAGUUUUGGAGAAUUCCUUUAACAAAUAUUUCGGAAUGUUGUUUCCAAACUUACAUCAAAUAUGAAGAAAAGGAAGCUACAGCUGCAAAACUAAGAGAAAUAUUUGCGAAAAAGCCAUUAGCAAUGACACACUUACUGACUCCAAUAAAUAAAAUUCGACAGAAAGUGUGGAUGUUAAUCGACGAACCUACCUCAUCUACAUAUGCUAGAGUGUUCAGCAUCAUAUACCUAAUAAUAGUUAUAGUGUCAGCAACUAUACCAUGCCUGGAAACACAUCCAAACCUCCGGAUACAUCUGUACAAUGAUACACAGAUAUACUGGUUUUUCCUGUUCAAUCCUGACACAUGGGUCAAUACUGAUAACCCGAAAGAAAUCAUGUUUACCACUACGCUUGAACCGAGUUGGCUAUUUGAAUUAAACGUGUGUAUUAUCGUUUUCUUCACACUUGAAUCUUUAGUACGGUUUAUGACGUGUCCAUCGAAAUGCCGAUUUUUCUUGGAAUGGUUGAACAUUCUAGAUACGUUUUUAAACAUAACAAUGUGGUCACGCUUUAUGGUUGAUAUGUUUGCGAACGUUGAUGCUGUACUAGAGAAAAAGUUUGAAAGCUUGAUGUACUUUUACAGUUUUUGUUCUGCUGCUUCAGUUUUGCGCUUACUUAAGUUUUUCAGAGUUGCGAAACAGUACAACAGUUUGCGAGUAUUAUUUUUGGCGGUAAAAGCAAGUGUCAAGGAAUUGGGUUUACUUCUGCUGACUUUUCUAAUAGUUGCUUGGGUAUUUUCAAAUUUGAUUUACUAUGCAGAACUUAAAGAACCAGAUACAUUUCCAAAUAUGUUGGAUGGACUAUGGUGGGCAGUGGUUACCAUGACUACUGUAGGGUACGGUGAUAUGUACCCAACAGGAGCUUUGGGUCGUAUUAUUGGAGCCACGUGUGCUAUGUGUGGAUUACUUGUUAUAGCUAUGCCAAUAGCUGUCAUUGCUGGAAACUUUGAUGAUCUGUACAAGAAAAACAAUGAACGAGAAAGCUAUAACGAGAUUCAAAAAGAGAAGGGAACAGAAAGAAAACAAUCAGUUAAUUCAAUCACUGCCAAAGAUAAUAAAAUAGUUCCGUUCGAGAAGUCAAAAUUGGAUAGUAAUAAUAAAACAUUUCCGUCCAUAGAAAGGUGAGAAAUGAACAUGGAUUGUGCAUUAUUUUUAUUAUAUACAAUGUAAACUAGUUGGAGAUAUUUGGUGCCUAUUUUAAUGAUUUUAUGUGACUUGAUAGCAUCAAAAACCAAAGCGUAUUGUUGGGAGGUGGCCGACUAUAUUGUAAGCGUAUUUGUAAAUUGCAGGAUAAAAUCAAUCUAUCUAUUUUCGACACGAACCAGUAGGACAGAUUUUCGAUACUCGUGUUCCAAUCCCUAUUUACGCACGUUUGAAAUUUUCAUAUGCACGAAUAUAGUUUAGAAUAUAUAUAAUUGAGAAUGGAAAUGGGGAAUUUGUCAAAGAGACAACAACCAGAUCAUAGAACAGACAACAACAGAAGGUCACCAAUGGGUCUUCAAUGCAGCGAGAAAUUCCCGCACCCGGAGGCGUCCUUCAGCUGGUCCCUUAACAAAUAUAUAUACUAGUUCAGAGACAAUGUCUGCCUUACUAAACUCAAAAUGAUACACAUGAAACUACUUGUUUUUAAACUGCAAGCUAACAUGUUAGGAACAUUUUCAAUCUAUUAGUUCAAGAAUCAGAAAAAAGAUCGAUGAACUUUGAUUCCUUUCCGUAAAAAAGUUUUGAUAUUUCCUUAGGCUACGUACGGAUACUGUUUCUACAAUUGUUUGUAUCUAAAGGUAUACAUGUAUCGACUUUCUCAUCAUUGAGCGAAAAUAUUCUUGUAGUCCAUUAAUAGUGAAUAAACCUUUUAUUAGUUUAUUGAUAUACAAUUA